UUCACAAUGAACAAACUCGAUGAAUUCAAGCAAUUCCGUGAGGGGUCCAGAAUCGCGGCCACAAAGACUCAACAAGAUGCCUGUAAAAUGUUCAUUAGGGGAAUACCUCUUGAGACAAGUAAGCAAUCUCUUUUUGAAUAUGUGGCCCAAUUUGGCGAGAUUAUAGAUCUUACUAUUAAAACCGACCAAAAAUCUAGACUGUCCAGAGGAUUUGGAUUUGUGCUUUUCAAAGAUAGUGCCACUGUUGAAAAGGUGCUCCAAGUAAAAGAGCACAAACUGGAUGGCAAGAUAAUUGAACUUAAAAGAGCUAAAGCCGUGGAAUUGAAAUUUACUUCAAAAAAGAUUUUUGUGGGCGGGGUAAGCCCUCACCUAUCUGAAGAGAAAAUCAGAGAGUACUUUGAGUUAUUUGGAGUGAUUGAAAAUAUUGAGCUUCCAGUGUGUCAAGAAACAAAUGAAAGACGAUCUUUUUGUUUUAUCACAUAUGCUAAUGAACAACCAGUAAGGCGGCUGCUACAAACCAGAUACCAUCUAAUAGGCUCUCGGUGGUGUGAAAUUAAACUCGCACACCCAAAAGAAUGUGCAAAACCACAGCACAGCAGAGGAAGACAGGUUCCAUUUAACAGGCUAGGAAACCGCUGGGGAGGAAGAGGCUUUGCUGAAAACCCAGAUGCUUGUGGUGCAAACUCAAAUGUUUAUGUGGCAAACCCUAAUGCUUAUGGGGCAAACCCAAAUGACGGUGCAAACCCAAAUGCUUAUGUGGCAAACCCUAAUGCUUACGGGGCAAACCCAAAUGAUUACAUGACAAACUCAACUGUUUAUGUGGCAAACCCUAAUGCUUACAGGGCAAACCCAAAUGAUUACAUGACAAACCCUAAUGUUUAUUGGGCAAACCCUAACGCUUAUGGGGCAAACCCAAAUGCUUACAUGGCAAACCUUAAUGCUUAUGGGGCAACCCCAUAUGGUGGUGGUGCAAACCCAACUGUUUAUGUGGUAAACCCUAAUGCUUACGGGGCAAACCCAACUGUUUAUGUGGCAAACCCUAAUGCUUAUGGGGCAAACCCAAAUGCUUACAUGGCAAACCUUAAUGCUUAUGGGGCAACCCCAUAUGGCCGUGGUGCAAACCCAACUGUUUAUGUGGCAAACCCUAAUGCUUACGGGGCAAACCCAACUGUUUAUGUGGCAAACCCUAAUGCUUACGGGGCAAACCCAACUGUUUAUGGGGCAAACCCAACUGUUUAUGUGGCAAACCCUAAUGCUUACGGGGCAAACCCAAAUGAUUACAUGACAAACCUUAAUGCUUAUUGGGCAAACCCUAAUGCUUAUGGAGCAAACCCAAAUGCUCACAUGGCAAACCUUAAUGCUUACGGGGCAACCCCAUAUGGCAGUGGUGCAAACCCAACUGUUUAUGUGGCAAACCCUAAUGCUUACGGGGCAAACCCAACUGUUUAUGUGGCAAACCCUAAUGCUUAUGGGGCAAACCCAAAUGGCAGUGGUGCAAACCCAAAUGGCAGCAGAGCAAAUACAGAUGUUUACAUGCCAAACCUAAAUGUUGUUGUUACAAAUCCUAAUGUUUAUGGUGCAACCUCUAAUGCAUGCUUGUGA